GCCUCCGCACCCAACCCGCAGCCGGACUGCGGCCCUUGACGACGCGCUCCGCCUCCUCCCGCCCCGAAUGCGUCGCUGCAGCCGGAUCCAUCAACCACCACCACCCCCUCCGCCGCCGCCGCCGCAACCGGGAACCCGCGGGGCGGCCGCGACGGCGCGGGUUACCGCUGCCGCCUCGGUUCCCGUUCCGCCGGACGCGAACAGCCGGAGGAGCGCCUCCGCCAUUAGUCCAGACCCAGCUCGGUGUCUCGAGUAAAAAAGGAGGGCCUGUCAGCCGCGUCCUUGCGGCUCCCUCAGGUAAUCAUUACCAAAUGAGGAGGAAAGGAAGAUGUCAUCGAGUAUCUUCAGCACGGCACUCUUCUUCUCCAUGCAGUAUUAAACGGUCCCCUACGAGAGAAACCUUAACCUAUGCCCAAGCGCAAAGGAUGGUAGAAAUAGAAAUUGAAGGUCGCUUACACCGAAUCAGUAUCUUUGAACCCUUAGAGAUUAUAUUGGAAGAUGAUCUUACAGCCCAAGAAUUAAGUGAAUGCAACAGCAAUAAAGAAAAUAGUGAGAGGCCACUGGUCUCUCUGAGAGCAAAGAGGCACAGAAACAAUAAAGUGAAAAAGAAAAGUGAAACUCUUCCAAACACACAUGGCAUUCCACCCACUGCAAGUACUCUUCCAGAACCAAAAGUGCAUGUUGUUGAAUAUAGCCCACCUUCUGCACCUCGUAGACCUCCAACUUAUUAUAAAUUUAUUGAAAAAUCCUCAGAAGAACUAGAUAAUGAAGUGGAAUAUGAUAUGGAUGAAGAAGAUUAUGCCUGGUUAGAAAUAAUCAACGAAAAGCGAAAAAGUGAUGGAGUCUCGGUUGUAUCACAAAAUAUGUUUGAAUUUCUUAUGGACCGUUUUGAAAAAGAGUCUUACUGUGAGACUCAAAAACAGGGUGAACAUCAGUCUUUAAUUGACGAAGAUGCAGUUUGUUGUAUUUGCAUGGAUGGAGAAUGUCAGAACAGCAAUGUGAUUCUUUUUUGUGACAUGUGUAAUUUAGCUGUGCAUCAGGAGUGUUACGGGGUGCCAUAUAUACCUGAGGGCCAGUGGCUUUGCAGGCAAUGUCUGCAAUCCCGUUCAAGGCCUGUAGACUGUGUACUGUGUCCAAACAAAGGAGGUGCCUUUAAAAAGACUGAUGAUGAUCGGUGGGGACAUGUUGUGUGUGCUCUUUGGAUUCCAGAGGUUGGAUUUGCCAAUACCGUUUUUAUUGAGCCAAUAGAUGGAGUCAAAAACAUUCCCCCUGCCCGAUGGAAGUUAACAUGCUACCUCUGUAAACAGAAAGGUGUUGGUGCCUGUAUUCAGUGCCACAAAGCAAACUGUUACACAGCAUUCCAUGUUACAUGCGCUCAAAAAGCUGGUUUGUAUAUGAAAAUGGAACCCGUGAAAGAAUUAACUGGUGGUGGCACAACAUUCUCAGUGAAAAAAACUGCAUAUUGUGCUAUACAUACACCACCAGGAUCUGUUCGGAGGCCUCUGAAUAUUUAUGGAGAAGCUGAAAUGAAAAAUGGCCUUUACCGAAAGGAGGGCAUGGCCAAAACCAGGUCUACAUCAAGGCUCAGAAAAAAAGCUAAAAAGUCAAAGAAAACACUAACUGAAACAUGUGCAGUUAUGCCUGCAGUAUCUGCUCCAUGUGUCCCUCCCCAGAGAUUAAAUAAAAUUAUGAAUCAGGUGGCAAUUCAGCGAAAGAAGCAAUUUGUAGAAAGAGUCCACAGUUACUGGUUACUUAAACGAUUGUCCAGAAAUGGUGUUCCUUUAUUGAGAAGACUACAGUCCAGCUUGCAGUCACAAAGAAACACGCAACAGAGGGAAGAUGAUGAAGAAACACAAGCCUUAAAAGAGAAAUUGAAGUACUGGCAAAGACUUCGUCAUGAUCUUGAAAGAGCACGGUUAUUAAUAGAGCUUAUACGAAAACGAGAAAAAUUAAAAAGAGAACAGAUCAAAGUGGAACAGGUUGCCUUGGAGCUUCAACUGACUCCAUUUACUGUAUUAUUGCGUUCAGUACUGGACCAGCUACAGGAAAAGGAUUCUGCUCGUAUAUUUGCUCAACCAGUGAAUCUUAAAGAGGUUCCUGAUUAUUUGGAUCACAUCAAACAUCCCAUGGAUUUUUCUACUAUGAGAAAACAGUUAGAUGGCCAAGGUUAUAAAAAUCUAGAUGAGUUUGAAGAAGAUUUCAACCUUAUUAUUGAGAACUGUAUGAAGUACAAUGCAAAAGAUACAAUAUUCUACAGGGCUGCUGUGCGGUUAAGAGAUCAAGGAGGUGUUGUUUUGAGGCAAGCUAGAAGAGAGGCUGAAGCAAUUGGAUAUAAUAAUGAAACUGGAAUGCACUUACCUGAACGGCCUAAACUUGAAUCUCCUCCACCUUUUACCUGGGAAGAUG